GCAAUUAGCAAUUUAUAGUUAGUGACGUCACUUCUCUCUCCUCAGAGAGCAGAGAGUUACCUCCUACGCUCUUCAUUUUGAGAGAGAGAAAGCUUCAUCUCCUCUCCAUCAUUAUUCAUAGAUAGACAUUUGUUCUCAUUCCGCUCAUUGGAAUUUCGCGGGUCAGCAUUUCCUUCCGUCAAAAACGCCGAUGGAGAAAUCGGAUCCUCCACCACCGAAGCCCGCCGCUCUUAUCCCUUCCGAUCCACAUCCCAACCCAAAUGCCGAUCCCGUUCCCUCUUCCUUCCACCGCCGAUCUCGCUCCGAUGAUAUGUCGAUGUUCAUGUUCAUGGAUCCCCUCAUCUCCUCCUCCGGCGCUCCACCUUCCUCCGACGACCUUCCCUCCGACGACGAUCUCUUCUCUUCCUUCAUCGAUGUCGACAGCCUCUCCUCCAAUCCGCAUCCGCCACUCUCCUUUCCAAAUCCCUCCUCCAACAACUCCGUUCCUCCGCCGACUUCCUCCUCCUCCUCUCGUCCUCGCCACCGUCACAGCAAUUCCGUCGACGCUGGGUGCGCCAUGUACGCCAGUGAAAUCAUGGACGCAAAGAAAGCCAUGCCUCCCGAAAAGCUCUCCGAGCUCUGGAACAUCGAUCCCAAACGCGCCAAAAGGAUUUUGGCGAAUCGGCAAUCUGCAGCUCGCUCCAAGGAGAGAAAAGCAAGAUACAUUCAGGAGCUUGAGCGUAAAGUUCAAUCGCUUCAAACCGAAGCCACCACUCUCUCCGCUCAGCUCACUCUCUUCCAGAGAGACACAAAUGGACUGGCAAACGAAAACACAGAGCUGAAACUCAGGUUACAAGCAAUGGAGCAACAAGCUCAGCUUCGUAAUGCUCUAAAUGAAGCUUUGAGGAAAGAAGUGGAAAGGAUGAAGAUGGAGACAGGAGAAAUCUCGGGUAAUUCAGAUUCGUAUGAUAUGGGAAUGCAGCAGAUUCAGUAUUCUCCUUCAACAUUCAUGGCAAUCCCUCCAUAUCAUGGCUCAACCAACGGCCAGGAUAUGCAGAUGCACGGUUUCAAUCCAAUGGAGAUGUCGAAUUCUCAGAGCGUAUCGGAGUUUCUGCAGAACGGGCGGCUGCAAGGGCUUGAUAUAAGUAGCAAUAGCUCAAGCUUAGUCAAAUCUGAAGGACCUUCGCUCUCUGCUAGUGAGAGCAGCUCUGCGUAUUGACAAGGCUAUUGAGGCUGGAUACACACUUGUUAAUAGGCUUUAAAAUUCAUUUGAUUUGAUUCACUUUCGAUUAUUUAUAUUAUUCUUUUUUGAGGUAACCAAAACCAAGAGAGGACGUAUACAAAAGUUGUGUUGGUUUUGUCUUGCUAAAUUCGUGAUUGUGAGUUUCUUUCAUUGUUUCUUCUUGAAGGAACAAAGGAGAUUGAUUAGUUUCAUUUCACUUGGGAUACAAUACCAUGAUGUUUGUUUGCUACGUUUUUUUCAUUAUUUUAUUAUA